GAAUUCACCAAUAAUUUGCUACCUCCGGUCGGGGGUAGAGAAAUAUUAGGGGGAAAACGGAGUAUGGUUCGGUUGAUCGAACAUGAAGAACAGUGGCAAUAACAGUCUCGACGGUGAAGAUCCACAACGAAAACACAGCACAAUCUCAAGUCUCGAUUCCAGAUUCAAUCAGACCCUCAGAAAUGUUCAAGGGCUGCUUAAAGGCCGCAGUAUUCCUGGUAAAGUAUUGCUAACUAGAAGAUCGGAUGUGCUUGACUCCUCAAGUGUAUCAGAUAAGUCAUUGAAUUAUUCAAGGAGCUUGUCCGAUAUUGAUACUGGUACAAGCAAUCACAUUGCCCAAUCUGAGGAGGAAGAUGUUCAGAUUAUAAAUAAUAAUACAAUUCUUAAUAAGUCAAAAUCAUCAACCUCUAACACUGAGGAUCUUACUAAAGAAGUCCAAAAACCAAUAAUGGGAGCUAGAGCAACAGAUUCUGCAAGGGUCAUGAAGUUCACAAAGCUGCUCUCUGGGACAACAAUCAUACUAGACAAGUUGCGGGAACUAGCUUGGAGUGGCAUUCCGCCAUAUAUGCGCCCUAAUAUAUGGAGGCUUCUUUUGGGCUAUGCACCACCUAAUUCAGAUAGAAAGGAGGGAGUUCUACGAAGAAAGAGGCUUGAGUAUCUUGACAGCGUUGCACAGUUCUAUGACAUUCCUGAUACUGAACGUUCUGAUGAUGAGAUAAACAUGCUCCGCCAGAUUGCUGUUGACUGUCCUAGAACUGUACCUGAUGUUGCUUUCUUUCAACAAGCACAAGUUCAGAAAUCUUUGGAGCGUAUUCUCUAUACUUGGGCUAUUCGGCAUCCUGCAAGUGGAUACGUUCAGGGAAUAAAUGAUCUUGCUACUCCAUUUUUAGUUGUCUUCUUGUCAGAAUACUUAGAAGGUGGAGUUGAGAAAUGGUCAAUCUCUGAUCUAUCUCCUGACAAGAUCACAAACAUCGAGGCAGAUUGCUACUGGUGUCUUUCUAAGUUACUUGAUGGUAUGCAAGAUCAUUACACGUUCGCUCAACCGGGAAUUCAGAGACUUGUAUUUAAGUUGAAGGAACUGGUUAGAAGGAUUGAUGAACCUGUUUCAAGACACAUGGAGGAACAGGGUCUGGAAUUUCUUCAAUUUGCUUUUCGGUGGUUCAACUGUCUUUUGAUACGCGAGAUUCCUUUCCAUCUUGUUACCCGGUUAUGGGAUACUUAUCUUGCGGAAGGGGAUUCAUUGCCAGAUUUCCUUGUCUACAUCUUUGCCAGUUUUCUUUUGACGUGGUCUGAAGAGUUGCAGAAACUUGAUUUUCAAGAAUUGGUGAUGUUUCUCCAGCAUGUUCCAACUCAAAAUUGGACCCAUCAAGAGCUUGAGAUGGUGCUUUCGAGAGCAUACAUGUGGCACAGUAUGUUCAACAAUUCUCCCAGACACCUUAUUAGCUGAAUGGGUUUUGUUAUCCUCACUAACAUUUGAAGGUUGACCAAUUUUUCCCUCUUCUCUUCUUUCUUAAAUGGGGUUUCUGCUGCUCUGCUUGUUUUAGGAAACGGUUCAAAUGUUCUGUCUUGUAUCAUCCCUUGUAUCGUCUCUAUUUUCUGGGCAAUUGUUUGUAGAUUCACUAUAUUUUGCGGAGUAAAGUAUCACCUUUUUUUCUA